AUGGCCCGAAAACAGGAGUGCUAUCGCAUCGUCGCUCUGCACGGGCUCCUCUUCGCCUGUUGCAAGAUUGGCCAGGGCCUGGUGACUUUCGCGAUGGGGAUUCACAUCUACGUACUGCAGUAUCACAUACGCAGUAAUGAGGGCUGGCGUAGACUCGUUUUCCUCUGCACUAUUCGGGAUCUGUUUAUGCUGCUUGAGCUCUGUGUGCAUAUGGUGCACACCUGGACCUGUUAUAUGUGGCAGCUGAACCUGCAUAACUGCGGCAUAACCCAUGCCGUGAGGUUGUUUCGGCCAUUCAAACGGAUACGGCGAUUCCUGGCCGCGCGUCUCUACCAGGACGAAGUGAUACUUGAGACGCGGGAAAAUAAGAAGAAGCGAAAAAAGAAGAGGCGCGACCUGGACUACAUCUACGUCAACUACCUCCAAACUCUGAGUUCUAGGCUGACCGAGGAACGCUUGGAGCAGUGCUUGGGAUGGCUGGUUGAACAUGAAAAUCUGCCACAGGAAUUGACUGUUUUCAUGGAAAAUAUGGGCUACUAA